AGGAUUUUGUACAAGAUGGUGAUUGCUGAUGCUGAAUCACCAGGACCGCUGAGGAAACGUCCCCGUCUGUCCCUGAGGUUCCCGAAGGCAGGAACAUCACAAAAAGAUAGAUUGCCUGGCUCUGAUAAAAAAGAUGAAAACCAAAAGGAAACAAAAGAGGCUUCCAGAGAAAGUAAAGAAGUUCAAGAAAUUUCUAUGAAUGAGGAAACUGCUGAUGAUUCAGAUCAGGAAGAAAACGUUGUUCCUGCUGUCAGCUCCCUGGAGAACUUAGGGAACACCUGCUUCCUGAACAGUGUGCUACAGGUACUGAGGUAUACACCAGGCUUUCUUGAUGGACUGGACGACUUACACAGUGAGAUUGUACUUGUAGAGAAGUGGCAAAAACAGGACACGGCAUCUAAAGAAUUACAUGAGGACCUGUCAUACGAGUUAUCUCAAUCCCAGACAUGUGAUAUGAUGAAACACCUACACAAGUUGUACAAAGGAAUGGAGAGAAGAGAGUCGAAGCACCCUGAAGUCGCUAGCUCGGAUGUAAUGUCUAUGGCAAUUAAACCUGACAAGAUUCUCAACACUCUUAGGGAGCUGAACCCGAUGUUUGAAGGGAAUCUCCAGCACGACGCCCAGGAACUACUUCGAUGUAUGUUGUGUUACUUACAGGAUGCUGUUAAAGAAAUAAAGAAAAUCAAGAGUCGCUUACCUCCUAGUGCUCUACCUCAGGCUAAAGGUCCUCUCAACCCCAUCAUGCAGAAGUUUCUGUCUAGUGCCAAGUCUGAAAAGAAUGACUUGAAACAAGAUGUGCCAAAUCACAUAUCUGUGAAGAAAGCUGUUCCACUUCCACCUGUGGAAGUUGCCAAAUCAUUACCAAAAACAGACUUCUUGGAUGAGAUAGAGAAAAGUGAAUCUGCAAAAACGGCCUCAUCUGAGGUAACUAUGGAUGUUGUGGAAGCUGACAUACCAGAGCUAAGUGUGAAAAUUGGCAUUAAAAAUCACCAGGCCUCGAACCUUGAGACUGACAGUAAGCAAGAGGAAGUGAAAGAAAAUAUUUCUGCCGUGCCAAAAAGGUUAAGAUCAAAACAAACAAAACCACCAUCUCCAGUGAAAAAAACUCGGGAUAAAAAAUCUGCAGCAUUAGAUGAGAUAGAUGGGGAAUCUGUAAUGAGACGGCGGAGGGGAACUAGAAAGUCAGCAGAGGAGGAUGUAGCUGAACCUCAAAGUCUGAUUAAAACAGAGAAAGACAUAAAUAGAGCUAAUUCAGCAAGAUGUACAACCAAAGGUUUGUUAAACGGCGGUAUCAACGGGGAAGUGAAAUCUGAAGGAGGACAAUCGGAAAACUGUGGUACAAAGAAUUCACAGCCAAGUAUUUUAAGUCUGCUAACAGGUGAGAAACCCUGUAAGCGUCUGGGAAUGAGGGGAGCCCCGUUAAGAAACAACCAGAAUAACAGUUCUAGUAAUGGAUCAGGUAGUGUAUUAGAGGAAUCGUCGCCAGACAUCCACAUGUCAAAUAAGUCCAUGGCAAAGUCAAAAAAGAGGAAAGUUUUGACGGCUUUCAGUGUCAAAGAGGAGAAAAUUCAAACUGUUGAUCCUCCAAAGGCCAAAAGUCCAGAAAAGAAAUCUAUUUCAACCCCUCCCAAGGACAACUUGAUGAAUCAGGAAUCGGUCAACAAUGUAGAAGUUAAGGAAGAAAAUAUAUCUGAAAGCAACAGCUUUCAAUUGUCAUCAGAAUUUCAGAAACUAAAAUGUGGAAAUAUUAAAGCACAUGUCACCAAUUCUCCAAAACAGAGCCGUCAACCUUUAUUAAAACUAGAGAAAUGUGACCAUGUUUGUGACAGUCCCAAAAAGUCUGUGAGUGCACACUAUGCUGAAAAAACUCUGUCUCCAUUGAAGACACCAAGUUCUUCUAAAAGUUCUGUCAUGGUUGGAAACGCCAAACAAAAAUUAGACUUUUCACACAAUGAGUACAAGAGUGGUGUUCAUUCUGGAAAACUCUGUGUAAAACCUUGUCCAAAAACAAGCAAGGUGGACUUCGUUGAAAAUCUUUUCAUGGGAAAAAUGAUGUUGAGGACUAAGUGUCUCGAGUGUGAAUUUUCAAGAGAGCGUAUUGAAGAGUUUCAUGAUAUUUCUGUUCCUUUGAAAAAAGAAAAAAGUGAUGAUGAUAAUGAUGAAGACAUGGAGUCAGAUGAAGAUGACAACUCUUGUCUGAAGAAGAUGAUGGAUGCGUUUUCAGAGGUUGAGCGACUACGAGAUGAGAAUAAGUAUUAUUGUGACAACUGUAUACGACAUGUAGAGGCAGAACGUUCCCUCCACUACGAAGUCUUGCCUAAUGUUCUCUCGCUUCACUUAAAGCGAUUCUCUGCUUCAUCCGGACUGUACGGCUAUGUGUCUAAAAUCAAUGACCAUGUGACUAUCCCGCUGUCUCUGCCGUGUCUACGGUACAAGUGUCCCAGUCCUUGCAGCCGUCCAGAUCACAGGUACAUGUUGUAUGGAUUGGUGACUCAUGCAGGGGUCACUCUAACGUCCGGUCACUACCUCGCUUAUGUCCGGGUCCUAGGCAGUGGUCCAACCAGACUUAGUGGAAUGGAAUCCACGGCAAAAGUGACCAGUAAAGAAUCGUCCAGUGUCCUCAAAAGUCCAUCCGGGGAUACUAAACGAUCCGGACUGGGAACAAAGUAUCCGAGUGUUCCCAAACAGAUGUACGAGGAAAAGUGGCUAGAAUGUGACGACGAAACAAUUCGUAUGUACAGCAGGCAGGAAUUCUGUGACCUUCUGAAGGGAGUGGGAGGGUUGUUGUUGGGGACACCUUACGUAUUGUUUUAUCAUCGCGUUAUACCUGGGGUACACUGGUAAUAUUAUGGUCUGUUUAGUGGCCUUCUGGGCCUCACUCUGGAUUAUUCCUCUUAUCUACCAAAUCAUGGAAUGUAUGAUGAGGUACAUAUUUAUAAUAGUUCCGUGAGGGUUGCAUGCUUCAAAAAGUUAUGAGAGUAUUUUUAAUGAAACAUAACUUCUUUCAAAUUACCAUUAUAUAUCCUUUAUUUCUUAUUUGUUUCAUGAUCAGUAAAUGCUUGUUUUGCUUGUAGUAGAGAACUGUGAAUUUAGAAAAAGCCAUGACAGUUAAUUAUAAGUUAUCUGUGACCUUGUCUUAGCCAUUCUAAAAAAGAGUUUUUUUUUUUUUUAUUAAGUUUAGAGAACAAUGUUGUUUUAUUUCUUUUCCAGUUUCUAUGAAUUAAUGUAUAUGUCUUCAGUUUGGAUAUAUAUUUGAUUAAUCCAGGUCAAUACCAGAGGAGAUUUGGAGAUUUGACUGAUAAACUUUUUUCAUAUUUUAAAUAGCAUUUGACUUGUAACAGAGUGAGUAAUUUGAUGAUUGAAGACAACACAGCAUGUUUAAAUAUUAAAAAAGCUUCAAGUAAAGCAGGGAAAGUGAUAUAUAGGAAUCUUGGAAAUUGACACACGGAAUCUUAAACAAUUAAAUACAACUUCGGUUGUGAAAUGAUUUAUGUAGCUUUCUUUGUGAAAUUAGAAAGAGUUUACAUGUUAAUGUUUAAGAUUUUAAACAUUUUUGCAAAAUGUACCACGUGUCUUCGACGAUCUUUGCCUAUCAGCUUUAGUUCCAGCUUUGAUUCACCAAAUAGACAGCUGUCAUAUGUUCUAUUCCAGAAUUAUCCAUGUAGGGGCACUUGUAUUAAGACCUGAUGAGUGGUGGGUAUAAAGCCCCAUUUUUCUAUUAUUCUUUAUACUAAAUGUUUUGAUAUUUGAUGGGUGGUGCAGUCUUAGAAUCAAAAUUACCUAUCAUCCUCCAGAAGAUAGAAUCAAAAUUACCUCUCAUCCUCCAGAAGAUAGAAUCAAAAUUACCUCUCAUCCUCCAGAAGAUAGAAUCAAAAUUACCUCUCAUCCUCCAGAAGAUAGAAUCAAAAUUACCUCUCAUCCUCCAGAAGAUAGAAUCAAAAUUACCUCUCAUCCUCCAGAAGAUAGAAUCAAAAUUACCUCUCAUCCUCACCUCUCAUCCUCCAGAAGAUAAUUUUGGAAAGAUAUUUUUCUUUCUGGACAAGUUCCAUACAUUUCUGGCUGGCUUUGAGGAAUAUCACCGUACAAUUUUGACUAACAUACUCAUGAGGCUAUAGAUGGUCCACAUACUGCUGUAGUGUAUAUUGUCAUCACAUAUCUUAUUCCUGAGAAUAGUUAAAACAAAUCACAAUUCUCUCCUUAAAUUAGUAUCCAUGGCAUAAAUAUCACUUUUGAUUUUACUUUUAUCUAUCUUUUAUUGAUAAUUUACUUCUUGCGACAGAUUUUAAAAGUGACAUCAAGUUUUGGGUGGCUAGAUGUGUAUGAUAUUUGUAAUUAACAUAUAAGUUUGUACUUUACAAUACCACUACUCAGAAUAGUUUACAAAUGUGAAAUACCGGUACAUAUAUUUAUUUUGUUUACUUUAAGAAACAAUUUGAUACUCCAUGUUAUUACUGAAGUUUGGGACAAUUUCAGUAUAUAGAAAUAUUGGUUCAUGUGUAACAAAUAUUUUGCAUAGUUUAGUCGUGCUAAUACUUCUUAGAAGUGGUUCUUGUGUCGAUAACACAUAUUUAGUCAUGAAUGGACUAACGGGCAUUAUCUGAAGUUGUGUAGGAACAGCGAGUGAACUGGAUGUCAUGCCGUUUAGUCUGGUAUUGUUGCUCACCUUACAGCUCUCUAAAGGAAAGGUACAUCGAAAUGGGACUGAAUGCGUCCAACAUAUAUCUCAGGAGUAAUCUAUUUUGUGAAUUGUAACAGCACAGCAAGUGUUCUUUUGAUUCGUAUGUAUACAUAUUUUAUGGGGAACAUAGUCGCCCAUCAAUAAUUGUACAUUUAGCUUUGUAUUGUUAUUAAUACAUCUUGUAUUGAAUGUAUAUUGUAAAUGUUGGUCUGAAUUGUUAAAAUGUAGAUAGCUAAUGAAAUGGGACCAUGAGAAUUGACUUAAAUCACCUCAUGUCAGGGAGAUAAUGAAAUGGGAUCAUUGGAACUGAGGUAAUUUUAGUCAUGUUAGUGAGAUAAUGAAAUGGGAUCAUUGGAACUGAGGUAAUUUUAGUCAUGUUAGUGAAAUAAUAAAAUAGGGACCAUUGGAACUGAGGUAAUUUUAGUCAUGUUAGUGAAAUAAUAAAAUGGGACCAUUGGAACUGAGGUAAUUUUAGUCAUGUUAGUGAAAUAAUAAAAUGGGACCAUUGGAACUGAGGUAAUUUUAGUCAUGUUAGUGAAAUAAUAAAUGGGACCAUUGGAACUGAGGUAAUUUUAGUCAUGUUAGUGA